UACAAAAUUAACUAUUCUACAAAAUGGCUUACCUUGCGAAAGGUCGAAAGGAAGACUUACGAUGAUUGGCCCAAGAAUUGGGUUUGGACGUAGGUGAAAAUCUAAAAGUAGUCCAACUAAAGGACUUAAUUGUCGAGUCUGAGGGAUACGACAAAGAGCUAACAAAAAAUUUAUUAACCACUUUAAUAGAAGAGAGAAUUUCCUUUGAAAAGGCAUCUGAAUUACAAGAUAUCGCUACACAAAAGGCAAAUGAGCAAGCUCAAAUCUCUAAACAAAGGGAAAUGGAGCAGGAGCGAAUCGCCAAAGGAAAAGAAAUUGAAGAUGAGAGAAUAGAAAAAGCAAGAGCACAUGAACUUGAAACUCUUAAGCUACAACUUGAAGCCCAAAAGUUGUCUUCACUUUCACAGGCAUCACCCGUUCUAACCGCCGAUUCACCAAAACUUGAAUUGAAAAAGUUGAUCCCCAACUUUAAUGUAAAAGAAGAUGACAUUUCAUUGUUUCUCUAUCUCUUUGAAAGGCAACUAAAGUUUCUAAAAGUUUCAGAAAAUCAGUGGGUUGCAUAUUUGGUAGGAGUCCUGCCCAGUGACGUUGCAAAGAUCAUCGCUCGAGAACCAGAUGAAAAGGCUGAAGAUUACAACUUUAUAAAAAAUAUCUUACUGAAAAGAUUCAAGUUAAGUGCCGAGCGUUUUCGACAGUUAUUUGCAACUCACAAGAAAACCCCUGAUUGCACAUGGAAUGAUUUUUAUUUUGAACUUCGAAGCUAUUUCGAAAAUUGGAUUAAGGAGGUUAAUGUUAAUACGUUUGAAAAGCUAAGAAAACUCAUAAUAACUGAUCAGAUAAAAAAGAAAUGUCCACCAGACUUCAAGGAACAUUUUUUGGAUGAUUGGAGUGAAAUAAUUUCGCCAACUGAACUUGCUGAAAAAUUAGACGCAUACGACAAUCUUCGUCAUAAAACAAAAAGAGAAGGACCAGUGGUUGCCACUAAGAAACCAUUCACAAAAGCAAGAGAAGACUAUCCCAGAUUCAACUCUGCAAAGAAACAGGUCUUGGUCAGAAAAUUCGAGAAGCCCAAACAAGAAGAACACUCCUCUGUUUACUGCUAUAAUUGUAGCACGCCAGGAUUUAUCAAAUUAAACUGUACAAAUUGUCGUAAAACUGAAAAGAAGAUUUCAACUCGUUUCCAUAGCAUUCAGCUGAACAGUCUGUCAACAUCCAGCCAGAUGGCAAUCCUCGAAGUAAACAUCAAUGGAAUGUGGGGUACAGCAUAUGCAGAUAAUGCCGCAACUCAUACCAUAGCUGGUGAAAGCCUCUAUCACCUCCUUAAAGAACGAGCGACUCGUUUCGAAAAGUCAAACCUUGACUCUGACCGACGGUAGCCAGUCAAAAAAGGAAGUUUUCAAAACCUAUAUAAAUAUCUAUCUGGAAAGAAGAAGAUUUUCAAUGCCAAUUUUCGCUAUUCCGGAAGCCCAAAGAAAUAAUACUCUGCUUGGAAUUGACUUUAUAGAAAAAUCAGGAAUCGUUCUAAAUCUCAGAGAACACUUGUGGUACUUCAGUAACAGGACAUAUAAAACUUUCCCAUUUGUGAAACUUGAUAUUUCAGAAAAUCCUGAUGUACUUCAACCGGAAGUCAAAAAUCAUCUAUCUGGAAUUGUGGACGACGCUACCCCAGUGAAUCUCUGCAAAAGUCUGCCAGAAGCUGAAGACCCUUUCUCUGAAGUUACGAAUAACGCUGCACCAGCAAAAAAUUUUCCACUCCAAACAGGGGUUACUG